AUGACUGAAGAAAAUCGCUGUAGCAAUUGCCUCACAACUCUUCUUGCUGCUCGUCUUCAUAUCAGCCUUUCGCACGGACUGCCUUCUCUUUUCUGGACCAGCCUCAGCGCUGCAGCUGGUCUUCUUCCUAGUUUGGCAUCACCAGUGUUAGCCAUCCGCCGAUUCGCUGCAUUUUCUAUUCUCCUUAUAACUUGCUGUUUUUUCUAUACACUUACUAUUGUUCCCCUUGCUCUUGCCACCAGGAACCGCUUUUUCUCUACCAAAUGCUCCAAUUGGCUAAUAAGAACUUGCCCUUCCUUUGGUUAUUGUUCAUUUUCUGCUGCAUCCAUUCUACGACAAUUAAAAAAGUCGUUCUCACAACCUAUCUCCGGCGCCUUGAUGCCUAUAACUUUAUACCGUUCCUGCAGUCCUCAGCAGAUAUUUCUUUCCCAGCGUCCUUGGUUUUUCUUCGACCGGACUCGCCUCAAACAUACGGAGUCUGUUUAUUUUAUUUGGGGACUUAAAAGUAUGUCCUUAGGUUUUGGCAACUGGUGGUUCAAACCACUGUAUUAUCCGUUUUCAAACAGCCGGCUCGGCAUUGACCAGGACACCCAAUCCGACUUCGUCUCCACUGAAUCUCGACGCUUUGUAAUUCGAUUCUGCAACCGAUUGCAUCGUGCACCGCACAUUGCCUACACUACUCAUGCUCAUUGCCCUUUGGCUCGCCUUACUUCGCUUGCAUGUAUCCCUUCUAGCAGCCAUACACUGUUCAGAUCUCCGUGUUGCCUCAGUAAGGCCCGUCCUAUUGACUUCUUGACAGCCGAAAAUGCUACUUUCCUUGCUUGUCUGCGACAUCUUGAUUCCGGAUAUCUCUUUUCAUUUCCUAAGAUUCCCACCGGAGACAACAAUAAAAUGGCAUCCAAUCCUUAUGGAUUAGUGAUUUCAACCCAAAUUAACCUCUCAUCCUUUUCAUCCGGCUCUAGUGAAUUGGCCAAAGCCUACACGCGCCUUGAGAUCUGGUUGAAUGAGUCUCUGGCCUCUGCACCCGCCGGACUAAGGCGUGGUUUCAUGGUUAGUCGAGAUCUCAUGUUGCUGGAUCUCAUAUCCAGCCUUGCAGGACCACAUUUCAUAUUCAUUUGCCUUGUCCUACCCGCCAUUAUUGCUGCUGGAGUUGUCUUUCUGGCCGUAGUCUCAGCUUCCUGGAGUACCCCCAGUUCCAAGACGGCUUCAGCCUGUCUUCUGGCUGGGUUGGCUGGUGUUUGUCUAACCGGUGGGUUAACUACUGCACUAGCACUAUGUUGCAUUUUGGAUUCAUGGCGUACAGGGAUCACGGAGGCUGUCGUGUUGAGCUUGGCAGCUGGUUUGGCAAUUGAUCCCUGCAUACAUCUGGUCGUCGGUCUAGCUCAUGCCAAACGUCCAGGUACUGUGACUUCAGACGAGCAACGCUUACCCAAUGCUCAACAAUGCACUACUUUUUCAGGAUCUCCCAAUCAUGCCUGCUGUAACUGUUUCGCGACUGACUCAUGUAUGUCUUUUUCUUGUAUCAAACGAGUCGAGCGAUCUACUAACAUAGGCGCAUAUGGGCCCAGUCGGCAUUCUUGCCGAAGAGGUUCAAACACUUUUUUUCCCCCACCAUCCUUUUGCUUUUGUAAGAGCAUUCAAACGAAUUUUACUCUUCAUACCCCUGAUGACAUUCCUUUUCACAACCCAGUUACAACUAUAUCGCCCUCUCCUAGACGGGAUAACACGGAAGCAAACCCACCAAUUCAUGUACUCUCAACUUCUGAGGUGGUUUCUCUUCUUCAGAAGACCGACGAUAUUCAAAGUAAUAGUGCAGCGAAGCUAAGGAAACACUCUUGUCUAGCGAUGACUGACCGUCCUGCUUAUGAAAUGGCUAAAAUCGACGAUGCUAAUGACUUGCCUAUACACCAAACUGAAAUCACAUCGCUCGGCCAAAAUGUUGAAAGUAUUAUUAUAUCGGAAGCAAACGAUAUUAAUAAAUUCGAUACUAUCAGCCACAUCUAUACUUGCCGCCAAAUGUCUUCCAACGAGAAUCUGUCCUGUUGCGCUUGGUCUGAUGACCUGCUCAAAUCGGCUACCUUAGGUCUGGGUUAUGCUGUCAGAACAACCUCGGCAAGUACAGCGCUUAUGGGCCUGGCAAUGCUACCUAGUAGUUUGUUGGCCUAUAGGAGGAUCGGUCUUUUUCUCCCUGUCCUUAUGGCUUGUGCCUAUCUCUUUUGCUAUCUCUUUUUAAUAAGCAUGCUGCGCUGCCUUGAUAAGCUGAGAGCCAGAUUGAUCUCGAGUUUCUGUCGACAUAAGUCUACUUCACAUAAUUGCCUGCAACACAAUGUCGGUUGA